AUGGAGCACGCUAUGGCAACCGCGAGCGACUGUCUCCUCUCACGCCAUACCAUGGAUCUACCGGACUACGCUGCCCAUCUUCAUGGUGACAACGGGCCGUUUGCAAUCUUUUGUUUCGAUCUCUCUAAGGUCGAUAUACUGGCCGACCCGGCCACGGGGCAAAUCACCGCCCUACUCGACCUCGAGUUCAUAAACGCCAUGCACGCCGCGUUUAUCCAGGGCCUUUCCCUUGGCACGCUACUUAUGACCUCGGCAAGGUGUAUCGCCCGUGGCCUGUUUUCAACUUGGCAGGAUCUACCACGGGGUAUCUUCGUUAUUCGCUCGGGUGGAUCCGUCUAUCGCUACUGA